CCUGUUUCUUUCACAUUUCGUUUCCCAUUUAUCUUCUCUUUUUUCUCUCCCGUCUCUCUCUGCCCGUCUCUAUAAAAGUCUAAUCCCAUUCAUUCCAUUAUUUCGUUUCCUUGUCUUCAACAGAAAUACUUUCUGUUUCGCCAACAUCUUCUUCUUUCUCAUCUCUCUGUGGAUUAGAAAUUCAGGGUUCAUCUUCUUCUUCUUCUGAUCUCAUCCUUCCAUUCCUUAUUUAUCGAAUUCAUCUUUUUUUUCUUCUUUUGUUUCUCCCCCAACUCCAAAGGAGAAGCGGAUAUACGUAAUAACAACAGGAACCAGCUCGGUUUCUGAAUUUCGGUAUUCUUUUUUGAAUCGGACGAGUGAGGAACAGUGACAGUAGUGUGCACAAGUGAAGAAGAAUAAGGAGAAGAGAUGUCGAUGCCAAAGGAGAUGGAACAAGUCAUGAAACAAAGAGGAGGAUCUGUAUUAGGUACCAAUUCCAUACUCAAGAGUGACCAUUUCCCUGGAUGUCAAAACAAACGAUUAUCUCCUCACGUCGAUGGUGCUCCCAAUUACCGCCAGGCAGAAGCAUUACGUGUCCAUGGUGUCGCAAUACCAACUGUCGACGGUAUCAGACAUGUACUUGACCAUAUUGGAGCACAAAAGAAAGGGAAGCAAACACAAGUGCUCUGGCAUAACCUUCGCGAGGAGCCCGUAGUUUACAUCAAUGGCCGUCCAUUUGUUUUACGUGAUGCUGAAAAACCCUUCUCCAAUCUUGAGUAUACGGGAAUUAAUAGGGAUAGGGUUGAACAAAUGGAAGCUCGCUUGAAAGACGACAUCCUGCAAGAAGCUGCACGAUAUGGAAAUAAGAUCCUUGUAACUGAUGAACUGCCAGAUGGUCAGAUGGUGGACCAAUGGGAACCAGUUAUACAUGAUUCUGUGAAGACGCCUCUCGAGGUCUAUGAAGAACUUCAAGCAGAAGGGUACUUGGUUGAUUACGAACGAGUUCCAAUUACAGAUGAAAAGUCACCAAAGGAGCAGGAUUUUGACAUUUUGGUACAUCGAAUAUCACAAGCAGAUUUAAAGACUGAAUUAGUUUUCAACUGCCAAAUGGGGCGGGGGCGAACUACAACCGGGAUGGUAAUUGCUACUUUGGUUUACCUUAACCGGAUUGGAUCCUCUGGUAUUCCAAGAACAAACUCAAUAGGGAGAGUUUUCGACAUUGGGUCUGACGUCGCCGAUAACUUGCCAAAUUCCGAGGAUGCGAUUCGUAGAGGUGAAUAUGCUGUCAUAAGAAGCCUGAUUCGAGUUUUAGAGGGUGGAGUGGAAGGUAAAAGGCAAGUGGAUAAAGUCAUUGACAAGUGUGCCUCCAUGCAGAACUUAAGAGAAGCAAUUGCAACUUACCGCAAUAGUAUUAUACGACAACCCGAUGAAAUGAAGAGGGAGGCAUCACUUUCUUUCUUUAUGGAGUACUUGGAGCGUUAUUACUUCCUCAUCUGUUUUGCUGUAUAUAUUCAUACAGAGAGAGCAGCCCUUCAUCCUAGUUCAGCUGGUCAAAGUAGUUUCUCUGACUGGAUGAGAGCUAGGCCAGAACUUUAUAGCAUACUUCGCAGAUUGCUGAGGAGAGACCCAAUGGGUGCACUUGGUUAUGCAAGCAUGAAACCUUCUAUGAUGAAAAUCGCUGAAUCUGCAGAUGGCCGCCCUCAUGAAAUGGGUAUAGUUGCUGCAAGGAGGAGUGGUGAAGUUCUUGGAAGCCAAACGGUUCUGAAAAGUGAUCACUGUCCUGGUUGUCACAAUACAAGUUUACCAGAGAGAGUGGAGGGUGCACCUAAUUUUAGGGAAGUUCCGGGAUUUCCUGUUUAUGGUGUUGCGAACCCAACUGUUGAUGGUAUUCGAGCUGUUGUGCAGAGAAUUGGUAGUUCAAAAGAUGGCCGCCCAGUCUUUUGGCAUAAUAUGAGAGAAGAGCCUGUUAUCUAUAUCAAUGGGAAGCCGUUUGUUCUUCGUGAGGUGGAAAGACCCUAUAAGAAUAUGCUUGAAUACACGGGAAUAGAUCGUGAAAGAGUGGAGAGGAUGGAAGCUCGAUUGAAAGAGGACAUUCUGCGGGAGGCAGAACGCUAUGGAGGUGCUAUAAUGGUCAUUCAUGAAACGGAUGAUGGCCAAAUAUUUGAUGCUUGGGAACACGUUAAUAUCGAAGCAAUUCAGACCCCUCUUGAAGUUUACAAAUGCUUGGAGAGUGAGGGUCUCCCAAUUAGGUAUGCACGUGUGCCAAUCACUGAUGGUAAAGCUCCUAAAAGCUCAGAUUUUGACACAUUGGUGACAAAUAUUGCCUCUGCCUCGAAGGAUACUGCUUUUGUUUUCAAUUGCCAGAUGGGUAGAGGAAGGACAACCACGGGUACUGUGAUUGCUUGUCUUCUUAAGCUUCGAAUAGAUCAUGGAAGACCUAUUAGAGUGCAACAACUUGAAGAAACGACCUAUGAAGAAGUGGACAGUGGUUCCUCGAGUGGGGAAGAGUCUGGAAGCAAUAACGGUUCUGUAUCUACAUCUAGAACAAAGAAACCAGUGGGAACUGUAAAAGAGCCGAAAAGUCCGAAAUCUGCUUUUGGCAUAAAUGAUAUCUUGCUGCUAAGGAAGAUAACAACACUAUUCGAUAAUGGAUUGGAGUGCCGUGAAGCUUUGGAUGCUGUGAUUGACAGAUGCUCAGCUCUACAGAACAUACGUCGAGCUGUUUUACAAUAUAAGAAGGUCUUCAAUCAACAGCAUGUAGAACCAAGGGUUAGGAGGGUUGCACUGAAUCGUGGUGCUGAAUACUUGGAACGCUACUUCCGACUAAUUGCAUUUUCUGCGUACCUUGGAAGUGAGGCUUUUGAUGGUUACUGUGGACAAGGAGAGACUAUGAUGACAUUUAAGACGUGGUUGCAUCAAAGACCAGAGGUUCAAGCUAUGAAAUGGAGCAUAAGGUUGCGGCCAGGGAGAUUUUUCACCGUUCCUGAGGAGUUAAGAGCACCACAUGAGUCUCAGGGUGGCGACGCAGUGAUGGAAGCCAUCGUCCAGGCUCGUAAUGGUUCUGUUUUAGGGAAAGGUACCAUACUUAAGAUGUACUUUUUUCCUGGUCAAAGAACUUCCAGCCAGAUACAAAUCCAUGGUGCACCACAUGUUCACAAGGUGGACGGCUAUUCUGUCUAUAGCAUGGCGACACCAACAAUUGCUGGUGCUAAAGAAAUGUUAUCAUAUUUAGAUGGUAAGACUGCUACUGCUGCGGAAAAUAACCAUCAAAAAGUAGUGUUAACUGAUGUAAGAGAAGAAGCAGUUGUUUACAUCAAUGGCACUCCAUUUGUCCUCAGGGCAAUUAAUCAACCUGUUGAUACACUGAAACAUGUUGGAAUUACCGGCCAAGUGGUGGAGCAUAUGGAGGCACGGCUGAAAGAAGAUAUUUUAGCAGAGAUCACCAUUUCUGGUGGUCGAAUGCUUUUGCACCGUGAAGAGUAUAAUCCAGCACUGAACCAUUCCAGUGUCAUAGGGUUCUGGGAGAAUAUAUUAGUAGAUGACGUGAAGACACCUGCAGAAGUCUAUGCUGGUCUGAAGGAUGAGGGGUACAAUCUUGUGUACAGGAGAAUACCAUUAACCAGAGAAAGAGAACCUUUAGCUUCUGAUAUUGAUGCUGUUCAGUACUGUAAAGAUGAAUCUGCAGGUAGCUAUCUUUUUGUGUCACAUACGGGAUUUGGAGGUGUUGCUUAUGCCAUGGCCAUUACAUGUCUUAAGCUUAGCGCGGGCAGGUCGGAAUCAUUGGUGGGUCCACCCUGUUUUUAUCCAACACCCAAAGACAGCUUGCCACCCUUGUCUCAGGCAUUACUUGAUGGAGUUCGCAAACUGGAUGAUUAUCGAGACAUACUAAGCCUUACUAGAGUUCUCAUAAAUGGUCCCAAGAGCAAAUCAGAGGUUGAUAUGGUUAUUGAAAGGUGUUCGGGUGCUGGACAUUUGAGAGAUGAUAUUCAGUACUAUAAAAAGCGACUCGAAAAGUGCACCAAUUGUGAUGAUGAGAAUAGGUCAUACCUCAUGGAUAUGGGUAUUAAAGCGUUGAGGCGGUACUUCUUUCUCAUCACAUUUCGGUCAUACCUAUACUCCACAUCUACAGAAGAGGUGGUUGGGUUUCAGAGAUGGAUGGAGGCGAGGCCUGAACUUGGCCAUCUUUGCCAUAACCUGAGGAUUGACAAAUAAGCAGGAAGGAGGGGUUUCUUCCAACAUCGUACAAAGUUUCUACUGGGUGAGAAUGUAUGUUCACGAGGAGAUUAUUAUUGAUUUUUAGGAUUAGAUACAUAGGGAUUGCCUGUUAGAAUUAAUUUGUUUUCUCCUCCUGGUUUGUUUAAUUGUUAGAGGUUGUUAGUAUUCUUAGGUAAAUGUAACAUCCAACUAGCACCAUUUUCUGUAUAUGGUACAUUGUAUAGUGAUCUCAUCCAUUUCAUCAUUGUUUCUUCUCUCCAAAAUGUAAGCUCUUUUCAGUUAAUAUCUCUCUCAUAAAAGAAAGAAACAUUCAUACAUGGAAAUCAGUAUGAACAAUAUGCAGCUGC